GUCCGAUCCGGCUUGCUCCAGGAAAGCAGACUCGAAAAGGAUUGAUCCCGAGAAGAGAGGAAUUUAAGCGACACUAAUCUGUUGAUCGCUGCCCUCGCCGUCGCAGAACUGGACACCCAAAUUCGUACAAAUACACUGUCAACACAUUAACGGGUUCUUCGAGGAGGUCCUCCGCGCAUAUUCCCCGCUACUCUGUCCCAUCCUGUCCAGUGGGCGUACUAUAGCCCUAGUUUUGAGCAUGAAGCUUUCCGGGUGGAUCUCGGCCACAUUUCUCGCCUCGACUGCAUUAUCUACCACGACGACAGCUGCCCCAUCGAUUGAUACUAUACCGUUCAACUCUCCCCACAGCGCAGACGCAAGCUGGAGGGCCUUCGAAGUGCUACAAUUGCUGAGGAAGCGGAGUGACAAUUGUCCUUCCGGCUACGACCCUUGUUCCAACCUGGGUCGCUCGAACCUUUGCUGCCAGGACGGAACAAGAUGCACUCGCGAUGCUGCGGACAACGUUGCUUGCUGUCCGACCGGAGCAAGCUGCACGGGCACACUCUCUGAGACUGGGAGCGGAGGAUCAACCAGCAGCUUCCGAUUCCCUCAGACGGCUACAGCUACGCAAACUGCAGGCGGGGGUGGUGUCACGCUCACAGGCUCUACCCUUGCUGGCGCCUAUCCCUUCGUCGUCAUCCCGACGACAUUCUCCAACGCCGGCGUCUGCUCAUCGUACUAUUCUCUGUGCCAGAGCGAGUACACCGGCUGUAUCUCGCAGCUUGGAGGAGGCUACGCGGUGACUGUGGCUGCAGAAGGUGGAGGAGUUACCCGGGCUGGGGCGGCUUCUGCUGCCAUUUCAACGUGCUCGAGCUUGAGUGUGGAGGCCUGCCACGGCCUCAACAUAGGGUACUGUGGCGGCUACAGUACUGAUGUAUACGAGAAUCGAGGCGCUACCCCAGGACGAAGUUCCAGCCUCGAGGACCUCUUCUUUGGCAUGCUCAUUGGACUGGCCGGGAUGCUUGUGUGAAGUUAUGACUGAUUCGACGUUUAUGUGAAUAUGUAUGAGUUACGGACAUACGCCCCAUGAUACAUGAUUUGGGUUACCGUGGCUCUCUCGGGUGACCUACCCCUCCAGAUCGAUAUGUUGACGCCCCGAUUCCCCUGAUGGAUUUGACGCACUUAUGAAAUGAUUCAACGAAUGAAACGCUAUGGUUGAGAGACUAUGGAUGUUAUGUCAUGUGAUGGAUACUCUUCUGGCGUUCUGUAUAUAACAAUAGCAAUGGCAGUCAGGGAAGCAACCGACGGUGGAUUUUGAAUU